AUGAAGACUCUGAGUGUGGCUGCUGCUGUGGCUGUGCUGGUUGCAUUUGUCUGGAUCCAGGAGAGCUGUGGCCAAGCUCCCGCUCAGACUGCACACAUGGAGGAGCAGGACCAGGACACUGCAGCUGAGCUGGGAGCAGAGGAAGGACCAGAGGAACUCAUGGCAAGUCCUUACUACAAGAGCAGAGAGAAGAGAGGCUUCAAGUGUAAGAUCUGCUGUGGCUGCUGCGCUCCUGGAGUCUGCGGAGUUUGCUGCAGAAAACGAUUUGGAUGA